UCAUAGUUAACCAACCAGCCGCAGAAUAUAGAAACCUGAAACUUUAAUCUGUUGGCAUCUUUCUUUCUCGUACUUUUUCAACUCUCUCCCACUACGGUUAUCUUUUCACUCUAUCUAUAUCUUCUACGGUUCUUCUUCUUCUUCUUUUUUUUCUUAUUCCUUCGUUUUUUUUCUUCAAUGAAAACCAUCUUCUAAAUUAUUCUAUUGUUCCGUUCUCUAAUGUCUACCAACGAUUCCUUCUCAAACCACAAACUCUGUGGUUUCCUCUCUACGGUUCUCACAUCGCAACAUUUCAACGACGCGCAAUUCAACGAUCGAUGCGAGAUUUUCAACGACGGUAACACUAUUGCGUUUCGGACUCAAAACGGCGUCGUUUUAAGUCCUAUUGUGGAUUCGAUCCAAUGUGGGAGUCCGAAUGGGAAGAAGAAAGUUGGAAUGGUGAAAGGGAGCUUUAGCGUUGUUCAUCAGCUUCAUGCUUUGGUUGUUCGUAAAUGUUUGGAUAUUGAUGCUCGUGUUUUGUGUGUUGUGGAGGUUGAAGCUAGGGUUAGGGUUGUUGUGCUUGUUGAUGUUUAUCUUCCGGUUCAGGUUUGGAGUGGAUGGCAGUUUCCGAAAUCUGGUUCCGUCGCCGGCGCUGUUUUUCGCCAUUUGAGCUGUGAUUGGGAGGAGAGAAGUUCAAUGCUUUCUGAUCCAGACUACUGUAGAAAGACUCAUGGAGAAAAUGAGAGCAUUUGGAACCUUUCUGAUUGUCAUGUACUUGGUUGCAAGAUCCAUUCCCCUAUUAGAGGUGCUUCAAGGGAAAGGCUAUUUGAACUUCAUGAAAUUUUUAAGUCAGUACCUUCACCUUGUGGAGAACAGCAGAAGAUUAUUAUUUCCAAGAUAAUACCUAUGGACCACACCUGCAGAUCCGGGAUUUGGGAGAUCUCUGAUGAUAUUUUAACUAAAAUUCUAUCUUCCCUGGGCCCGAUGGACCUUCUAAGGGUUUCUGUAACGUGUCAUCAUCUAAGAUCCUUGGCCGCUUCAGUAAUGCCCUGCACAAAGUUAAAACUAUUUCCUCAUCAGCAGACAGCAGUUGAGUGGAUGUUGCAUCGUGAGCGAAAUGCUAAUCUUUUGCCACAUCCUUUAUAUAUAGCUCUUUCAACUUAUGAUGGCUUUAGUUUCCAUGUUAAUACUGUAUCUGGUGAUAUAGUCACCGGGGAAGCUCCCACCAUCAAAGAUUUUCGUGGAGGAAUGUUUUGUGACGAACCUGGCUUGGGUAAGACUGUAACAGCUCUUUCUCUUAUCACGAAGACACAAGGUACAUUGGCUGAUCCACCAGAUGGGCUACAAGUAGUUUGGUGUCAACAUAACGCUACCAAAUGUGGCUAUUAUGAGAUCAGUGAGAGGAAUGUGUGCCAAGAUACAGGUAGAAAUAAUGAGAACCAUGUGUACUCCUCUGGAAGAGCCAAAUUGUUAACUCCUGGUCAGGAAAUCACUACACCUCAUGAUUCAGGUUCUGUAGGAGAAUACAAAUCACCUGCAGAUGCUUGUUUUGAGGAAUAUACGCCUGCUAGUCGGUGCACCAGAAGCUUGGGUUGUGUAAAGAAAACUCUAUGUUUCACAAAUGACGAGGAAGCUAUGAUUUCCAAUGAUACAAGAGUUGGUAAAAGACCAAUUAUAACAAAACAUGCAUCAGAUGUUGCAUCCCAUGUGUCUCAAAACAAGCUUGUUGAUACUUCAUACGGUUGUGGACAGAGUUAUAAGUGGCACAUGAAGCGUAAACGUAAAGUUGAUUGUUUGGAAUACAGUGAUACAUGGAUUCAGUGUGACGCUUGUCACAAAUGGCGAAAGCUUUCAGAUAAUAGUAUGGCUAAUUCCAGUGCAGCAUGGUUUUGUAGUAUGAACACUGACCCUUUAUAUCAGAGUUGUAGAGUUCCAGAACAGUAUAUUCAGAAAAGCUGUAAGAUAACUUACUUACCAGGAUUUCACUUGAAAGGAACUCCUGGAGGUGAAAAACAAAACGUUGCAUUUUUCACUAGUGUGCUUAAGGAGCACCACUCAUUGAUAAAGGCUCAGACAAAGAAGGCUCUGACUUGGUUGGCCAAAAUUUCGAUGGACAAGCUUGCAGUAAUGGAAACGAAUGGCAUACGUGGUCCUAUUUUAAACAAUUGCACUUCGUCUAAUGGGAGUUUGAAUCCAUAUCACAAAAUAUUUCAAGCAUUUGGCCUCGUAAAGAGAGUAGAGAAAGGUGUAUGCAGGUGGUUUUACCCAAAAAAUCUUAACAAUUUGACUUUUGAUGUGGCUGCCCUUGGCAUGGCUUUCUCUGAGCCAUUAGAUUUUGUUAGGUUAUACUUGUCAAGAGCAACCCUGGUGGUUGUUCCAGCAAACCUGGUCGAUCAUUGGAAAACACAAAUAGAAAAGCAUGUUAAGCCUGGUCAAUUGCUGGUUUAUGUUUGGAAGGAUCAUCGGAAACCAUCUGCACACUCUCUUGCCUGGGAUUAUGAUGUUGUCAUCACUACAUUUAGUCGUUUGAGUGCAGAGUGGAGCCCACGUAAGAGGAGUGCUCUAAUGCAAGUGCAUUGGUUUAGGAUAAUUUUAGAUGAAGGGCAUACUCUUGGCUCAAGCCUGAGCUUAACAAACAAGUUGCAAAUGGCUAUUUCAUUGGUUGCAUCUAAUCGAUGGAUACUAACUGGAACCCCAACACCUAACACUCCUAACAGCCAACUUACACAUCUACAACCAUUGCUAAGGUUCCUUCACGAAGAAGCAUAUGGACUGAAUCAAAAGUCAUGGGAUGCUGGCGUGCUUAGGCCAUUUGAGGCAGAGAUGGAAGAAGGCCGGUCUCGUCUGUUGUGUUUACUUCAGAAAUGCAUGAUUAGUGCUAGAAAGGUAGAUUUGCAAAGUAUUCCACAAUGCAUCAAGAAAGUUGUUUUACUAGAUUUUAGCGAGCAACAUGCUAGAAGUUACAAUGAAUUGGUACUCACUGUUCGGCGUAAUAUAUUGAUGGCUGAUUGGAAUGACCCUUCACAUGUGGAGAGUCUACUAAAUCCAAAACAGUGGAAAUUUCGGAGUGAAACUAUAAAAAAUGUCCGGCUUUCAUGUUGUGUUGCUGGGCAUAUUAAAGUUACACAUGCUGGAGAAGAUAUUCAGGAAACAAUGGAUAUGUUAGUACAAAAUGGUCUAGAUUCUACUUCAGGGGAGUACACCUCCAUAAAAUAUAGUCUCGUAUAUGGUAGCCGCUGUGUCAGGUGCAAAGAAUGGUGCCGACUUCCUUUCAUUACACCAUGUCGACAUCUCUUGUGCCAUGAGUGUGUUUCGAUAGACAAGACAAAGUGUACAUAUCCUGGCUGUGAUAACUUAUAUGAGAUGCAGAAUCCUGAUACAAUGGCCCGGCCAGAAAACCCUAACCCAAAGUGGUCUGUCCCCAAAGAUCUUAUCGAGUUACAACCUUCAUAUAAGCAGGAUAAGUGGGAUCCUGAUUGGCAAUCAACAUCUAGUAGUAAAGUUGCAUAUCUUGUCCAGAGGUUGAAAGCUUUGCAAGGAACCAAUGAAGAUAUGAGUUCAUACACUGACAAUAGCAAUAAUGAGAUGCAUAUUGAGAAUAGUUUUCCUUUGCACACUGGACAUGCCGAAUCAUCAUUCCAGGAAUGUUCUACAAGUAGUAUUAGCACCAAUGUGGUCCCUGAAAAAGUUUUGAUAUUUUCUCAGUUUCUUGAGCAUAUACAUGUCAUUGAACAGCAGUUGGCUGUUAAUGGUAUCAAAUAUACUGGAUUGUAUAACCCAAUGCAUUCUAGCAACAAGAAGAAGUCAUUAGCCAUGUUCCAGCAUGAUUCAAGUUGUAUGGCACUUCUGAUGGAUGGGAGUGCUGCAUUGGGUCUUGACUUGAGUUUUGUUACGCAUGUAUUUUUAAUGGAGCCAAUUUGGGACAGAAGUAUGGAGGAGCAAGUAAUUAGUCGUGCCCACCGCAUGGGUGCUUCUCGUCCUAUUCAUGUGGAAACAUUGGCGAUGCGUGGUACAAUUGAAGAGCAAAUGCUAGAAUUUUUACAGGAUGCUGAUAAACGUAGAAGAUUUCGUAAUAAAGAUGUCGUCAAAUCUGAAGAUGGUGGGGGACGAGGACAUCGAUCAUUGCAUGAUUUUGCUGAAAGCAAUUAUUUACUGGAACUUAGAUUUGUAUAAACUAGUUCUUGUACAUGGUAGUUUUUUCCUAUUCUAUUUUAGGAAACACAAAUUCCUAGGGAGUAUGAGUUUUUCUCUAUUCUAUAUUUUCCAGGAAACUCAGAUUCGUAGAGAGGAUAAGUCAUGAUUUUUGUUGACAUUUGAGGAAUUAGAUUCCUAUUCUAUUAAUGUUGCAUUUGGGGUAUUAGAUGAAAAUUGUUUUUGUUGACAAUUACUUUACAACUAUUUAUUUAUUUGGAUGUCAAAACAAAUAGUAAAAAGGUUAUGUUUUUGGACGUGAUAAA